AAAAGGUGGGUGUGUGUUUGUGUGGAAACAAAAAGAUAAAACACGAAAAUUACUCGAGAACGCAGCGUUCGUCCCUUAGACACAUAUUUAUAAGUAAAAACCGUGGCGAAAUAGUGUAAAUCAAUUAUUUUGGUGUGCGGCAUGAGCCAGCGCUUCGCAACAAACGGAAAAGAACGGAACGCACAGUGAUAUAAGCAAAGUACAAAACAGUCGCCGACUGCCAGACAAAGAAAAGGAUUGGAGGUGAAAACGCACACACAGUUUAUAGCUAGCGGCACAUUCAGCACUCACGAUGUCAACCGGAAGGCCCAUAAAAUGUGUAGUUGUUGGCGACGGCACAGUCGGAAAGACCUGCAUGCUAAUCUCCUACACGACAGACUGCUUUCCCGGCGAAUAUGUGCCCACUGUCUUCGACAACUACUCGGCACCCAUGCAAGUGGACACAAUACAGGUCUCGUUGGGUCUUUGGGAUACGGCGGGUCAGGAGGACUACGACCGCCUGAGACCGCUCUCCUACCCGCAGACAGAUGUUUUCCUGAUAUGCUACAGUGUGGCGAGUCCCUCGUCCUUCGAAAACGUCACCUCCAAAUGGUAUCCGGAGAUAAAGCACCACUGCCCCGAUGCGCCCAUCAUAUUAGUUGGCACCAAAAUCGAUUUACGUGAAGAUCGAGAGACACUGAGCGGUCUCGCAGAACAGGGGUUGACGCCGCUGAAGCGCGAGCAGGGCCAGAAGCUGGCGAACAAGAUACGCGCUGUGAAAUACAUGGAGUGCUCCGCCUUGACGCAGCGUGGCCUCAAGCCGGUGUUCGAGGAAGCGGUGCGUGCGGUGCUCAGACCGGAGCCGCUAAAGCGACGCCAGCGAAAGUGUUUAGUUAUGUAAAUAAGUUAGCAUGUUAUUGGCUUUAAAGAGAUUCCUCGGAAGCGACACGUACAGCGGCACAACGGCCGACUCACAUAAAAACUCACGCAGCGCCCUCAUCAGCAAAUCAAUUACACAUAUUUAUUUAUAAAAGUUUCAAAUUUCUCGUAUCAAGCCCCAAACGGCCCCGUUAAGAAGCUCUUAAGCAACCAAAAUUCGUGUGAAGUUUCUCGUAUCUUAAGAGUUUCUUUUUGGGUUCGUCGCGGUCCACGACUCCCUCCCGCAACAAAAGAAACCACAUUGUUAACAAAAUCGGAACCACAGAAAAAUUAAUAAUGUAAUUCAGCUACAUAUGUAGAAAUCUAGUCAAUUGAAUCGAUUGUAUUGUACUAAUAGUAUCAAGCAGAAAGAAGAAAAUUAUAAGAACCGCAGCCAACUCGCAUCCAAAUAUUGGUUUCGCAUAUCACGAGCAUCUCUGCAUUUCCUAAUUUCCCAUUAAAUGUAUUAUAGUUAUGUAGCCAUGGGCAAAAGCAGCCUGUUCCACGCUUACCAAAUCUGAAAUCAGGCCAAUUCACUUGACGACGAGCUCUUAGAGAAAGCCACUUUUUAUGAUAUUCAAGCAUGCGCAUUUUUUUACUCUAACUCGACCCUCGGAAUCAUAAUCAUAAUCACUUGACGCUCAUUUGACCAUGUCUUUUGAAAAUGUAACAACUGUUGUUUAUUAUUUUAUAAUGACUUAUUUAUUACCCUAACUUUAAAAACGAAUUGUAUAAACAACUUUUACGGCGUAAGUAUAGCAAAAGGAUUAUGUAAAUGAAAAGGCAACAACUGCAUUUAAAUGUGACGCGACUCGAAUAAACGAAGAAACAAGAAUCAAAAACGAAUACAAAACCUAAAGAAACCAAGAAAAGCACAGAAUUUUCCAAAAACACAAUGAGCAUAAUGAUAAAGUUAAGAUGUAACGAAAUCCCAGGACAAUUUUUGUACUAAUUAUACAUAUAUAAAUAAAAAAUCUAACGCAA